AUUUCCUUCGUAAGUUCAUACCUCUCUCUCUCUCUCUCUCAACCCUUCCGUUUAUAUAUACCCCCUUCCCUUCUCCUCCCUGAGCCUAACUUCCUUCUCUCUCCGUUCCAUGAUUCAUUCAAAAAGCUCUGUUUCUUGCGCUCAAAGAAACUAUUACAUUCUCAAAUCCUGGGGGGCAUUAGUAGUUCAUUUGAGAGGCGGCGGCAAAACACAGACUGAGUUGAUAAUAAGGAAAUGAGUUGCAACGGGUGCCGAGUUCUCCGAAAGGGGUGCAGCGAGUCGUGUAUUCUACGCCCUUGCUUGCAGUGGAUCGAGACCCCCGAAGCCCAAGGUCACGCCACCGUCUUCGUUGCCAAGUUCUUUGGCCGCGCCGGCCUCAUGUCCUUCAUCUCCAACGUCCCCGAGUCCCAGAGACCCGCUUUGUUCCAGUCGUUGUUGUUUGAAGCAUGUGGACGGACCGUGAACCCGGUGAACGGCGCCGUUGGACUUUUGUGGACGGGAAACUGGCACGUGUGCCAGGCGGCGGUUGAGACCGUCUUACGCGGAGGCACGUUGCGCCCGAUGCCGGAGCUUCUAGGUACCGAUCGGGCUCCGGCGGCCGACGAGGCCUCCGAGGCUGACGAAGGCACCUGCACGGACAUGUGGAGCCUCAGGGCUCCGAGUCCAAAGUCCCGGCCUAAGGUCUCCCCGAAACGCAAGCGAUCCUCCGACGAGCCGACCGGUCUCGAUCUCCGCCUGACCCCGAGUUUUCCAGCCAAGGCAUCGGCGUGCAAGCCCGAGAUCCGGCGGCCGGGUACUCCGUCCAUGAAUUCCGAGGAGUCGGUGACUACAACGUGCUUCGAAAGCGGUUUAGCGGAUCAGCAUGGAAAGGGAGGAGAUCCAAAGCAGUAUGGAGAGGGAGGAGAUCCAAAGCUUCUCACCUUGUUCUUCUGAAAUUGCUUCCUCUGCGUUUUUUUGGGGUGAAUCUUAGGUUCACACGUGCGAGAUACGCUGUAAUAUUUCUGUAAGUUAGUUUAUUUCAAAUUUUUGUUUCUUUGGUUGGGACCUUGAGAGGGAGUUUCCCGGAAUUGAAUUCCGACGAGAUUUUGUUAAAUUACCGGCACAGGAUUUCUCUCCUUCUUGUUCUUUAGAGAGAGAGAGAGGAAAAUGAGAGUCUGUCGGUAGCGUUGUAUCGGUUUUGUACCUAGUUAUGGCUGUGAGACAUGAAUAAUUAUUCUCCUUUUUUUUUUUCCCAAAAUUUCAAUUUAUGAACACGUACUCUGCAUUUUUCCACAA